AUUAAUGCCAACAUUGCGGACGCACCAAUGUACCAACUUUACCAAGUCCGGCACACACUAGUUCCCACCUUAAAUAAAUUAAGUUAGCCUUCAACCAACAGACUCUCCCUCCUUUUCAUCCUCUUUCUGCUCAACCAAACCAAUUUAAUGAAACUAUUCUGUACAGUAACUUACUAUUAAAGCAUCUAUAUAUCUUUCUGUAACUUUGUCUUUCACUCCACAUCACAAAAUAUUUUCUUUUGAAUUGUUCUCGUAUAAUAUUGACGGUUAAUUGCUUCACCAGUAAGCAUGUUUCUUCGGAGAAGGCAAUCUCAGAAUCUCCAGGAGAAUUGUUCUGAAGAGCGAGAAGCCAAGGUCAAGGAACUCAGAGCCGCUCUUGGACCUCUAUCUGGACGUAGUUUGAAGUUCUGCACUGAUGCCUGCCUCAGGAGAUAUUUGGAAGCUCGAAACUGGAAUGUUAAUAAGGCAAGGAAAAUGUUGGAAGAGACACUUAAGUGGAGGUCAGCUUAUAAGCCUGAAGAAAUUCGCUGGAAUGAGGUAGCCCAUGAAGGUGAGACUGGGAAAGUAUCCAGAGCAAAUUUUCAUGAUCUAUUCGGAAGGACUGUACUUAUAAUGAGGCCUGGGAAGCAGAACACAUCAUCUGGAGAAGGUAAUGUCAAGCAUCUGGUCUAUCUUCUUGAAAAUUCUAUCCUUAAUCUUGCCGAGGGUCAAGAGCAAAUGUCCUGGCUGAUUGACUUUACUGGCUGGACAAUGAACACCAACAUCACCAUCAAGACAAUUCAUGAAAUAAUUUACGUUUUACAGAAUCACUACCCCGAGAGGCUAGCCAUUUCCAUUCUCUAUAAUCCUCCAAAGUUUUUUGAAUCAAUUUGGAAGGUGAUCAAGUACUUUCUGGACCCAAAAACAUCUGAGAAGGUGAAGUUUGUUUACACAGAUGAUAAAAAUAGUGUGGAGUUCAUGAAGUCAUUGUUUGAUGUUGAAAAUCUUCCAAGUGAGUUUGGAGGAAAAGCCACACUAAACUAUGACCAUGAGGAGUUCUCACGAUUGAUGGCACAGGAUGAUGUGAAGACUGCCAAGUUCUGGGGAUUUGAUGAGAAGCCCUUCCAAAUUAUGGAGAGCCGUUCACAGGCCGAGGUGGCACUGAGUUCACCUGCCUUGUGAUAUAUCUAUGAAACUUAAGAAAUGUCAAAAUGCAGCAACCUGGAUUUGGUCAUUUGAUGCAAAUUUUAAUUAGUAUCUAAUUUACUAAUACAACUGAAAUUGAUAUCCAGUUUCUUUCUGAUGACGAGAAUAGUUCAUUUGUUCUGCUUAUUGCUACUAAUGUGAAGAAAGAGCAUCUUUAUAGUCAUUAAAUUUUUUUGGUUUGGUGAUGUUUCCACUUCAAAGAUUAACAAAAUGUAAGGUUUGUUUCAGCCUAAUGAAUGAAUGCUUAUCAGGAGGCAUAGCAAAUAUAAUUAGAAACAAUAUCUUGUAGG